GAGUGCCCCAGCGCGCCACAUAGCCUGCCAAUAACCACCAGGUUUUGCGAGUGGUGGCAGUGCGCCGGACAAAUUUAAGAAGUCCACGAGGCUCAGAGCAAGCAGCCCCACUUCCCAGACCAAACAUAUAAGGAACGCAGGCUGCUAAAGCGUACCCUGAGUUCCUAAAAGAAGCUGGAAAUGGGUGUGGGAACUCUAUACUUGACCCCUCCUUCCACCGCCUUCCUGUCAAAUCGUGGACUUGUUCAGAACUCGCCUAAUCAGAGGCUCAAUAAAAGCUUCCAAUUCUCAGUUUCGGCAAAGCAAGGGAGCGAAGCACCCAAGUCGAACAAGAAAUCUCUGUUUUCUAGCGUCACCGAAGCUCUGGAUUUUUCUCAGGUGAGAUCGGCGGAGGAUGCCCAGCUUCUGGAAGAUGCCAGAGAGGCCACAAAGUCAGGAGAAAGGAUGACCAGGGAACAGUAUGGAGCUCUUAGGAGGAAAAUUGGAGGGACGUACAAGGAUUUCUUCAAAUCGUAUGUUGAAGUGGAUGGGGAAUAUGUGGAGGAGGGAUGGGUUGACAAAACGUGCAAGAUAUGCAGAGAGGAUACAAGAGGCGAGGCGAGGCAGGUGGACAAGUUUGGAAGAUAUGUUCAUGUGGCUUGUUUAGAGAAAUCCAAAUCCGGCAACUUCUUUACCAGAUUGUUCUCCCGAUGAUCCAUCCAAUCCCCUUGCCCAUUACCCCAAUUCACACUCCAUUUUCUCUCAUUUUCUUAUUUCUCAAACCAUUACGCAAUUACGUCUAUAUGUUUUGCUUUUGUACUGUGUUCUAUACCAAAAUGAUAACUUCAUGCCUUUCCUCUUUGCGUCGA